AUGUAUCAAGCUAACACCAUCGACGUAAUAAACUUCUUACAGUCUAUUUAUAGUUCUGGUCAGGCUAAAUAUGGCACUUUUAACUCACAUAGAUCAGCCAUCUCCCUAAUUCUUAACAGGGAUCUGGCAAAUGAACCUGUUCUAAAGAGAUUUAUGAAAGGUAUUUCAAAGCUUCGUCCCUCACAACCCAGAUAUGACAUAACUUGGGACCCUAACCCCCUGCUAAAAUACCUUGCGAGCCUUCCCAGACCUUACAGCUUUCAAGACCUAUCUUCAAAACUAGUCACUCUACUGGCACUAAUAACAGGCGGCCGGCUCCAAACCACUUCCCUGAUAAGAGUCUCUAACGUCAUGGAACACAACAAAGAAAUUCAAAUCGCUAUAACUGACCCCAUUAAAACGUCGGGCACCAAUAGGCCGCAACCAACAUUACACAUACCAUUUUUUAAAGAAAAACCUGCUCUUUGUUGCGCAUCAGCCUUAAAAGAAUAUAUCGAUAGGACUACAGACUUCAGAGGACAACAGGAUUUUAUGUUUUUAACUUACAAAAAACCUCACGCCAGGGCUACAAAACAAAGUCUCAGUCGCUGGGUUAAAACAUCUCUAGCUAACGCAGGCAUAGACGUCUUAAAAUUUAAACCACAUUCCAUAAGGCAUUGCUCAUCUUCUGCGGCACUACGACAGGGUGUAUCCCUGGAACUGAUUUGCCAAACGGUGGGAUGGUCCGGGAAAUCCGGAACGUUUGCAAAAUUCUAUAAUCGACCUAUAGCGAAGAACACUGAUUAUGCUAAAGCUAUCUUAUCAAUUAAAUAA